AUGGGGCAAGUCCAUGACUGGUUGUUGUAGUCUAGGAACGGAAACAGUCUUGUCUAGAGAGGAUCAGGUUUGUCCAGGUGGUGGGUUGAUGGGUCUGCUGUUUCUCAAGUUGACCACAUCAGGCACCAAAGUCAAAAUACACUGUUCUCCCACUCUUAUGCCUUUUCCAGAUUGUGCUAGCCCCUAUUAGUCACAAAAUUAGAGAUGCAAGAAACAUGUGUUACAUGUCCUAAUUCAUGACAGAGUAUUUGCAGCAUAAGAUGUUACAUUGUAAACUGCUUGAAAGGUUUAUAACUUCCUAUCCAGCACACCAGGAGUGGGAAAUAAAAACCAAGGAGAGAAUUUUGUGUGUGUUGUCUUGCAGUAUGUUGAACCUUCUCAAAUCUCAUACACUUCAAAAAGUGCUGACCUUACUUCUCACUGAAUGUUACUAUGUUAGCUUACCCUUUUGAUUUCUGUUCUUCAAGUAGAAAUUUUGUUCUGUUUGUAUCAUCUUCUGCUGUCCAAGAUAGUGUUUGGAAGGUUUGUUGCUUUGACUUCUGUGGAAGGUGUGGGUUGUACGUUUAUUGAGAAUGAGAUUGUAUUGAUUUGAUGUAGAGUCUCUUCUAGGCCUGUCUGCUUGUUUGAGAAACCAUCCUUUUCUGCUCUAGUGGUCUUUUAAUUGGUAUUGGAAGGUGGGGAGGAACCUAGGAAAAAUUUUUUUAUCUUAGUUUGCUAGCUAACAAAUCUUGCAACAAGAUAUGAAGGCCUGGCAAUUAAUGGAACCAGUGAAGUUUCACACAGCUGAGAAAAACACUUAGUAAUGUAAUUGUUCAAUAUUGCAGAGUAGUCAGCUUUAUUUAAAUAUGCAGUGAAACAUUUAUGGCUGUGUAGUUUGCUCUGUAGUCAGCUACUUACUGUAUGUUGAACUUUAGUUGUAGAAUGCACUGGCUUUGCAAUUCCAGUUGCAAAGUAUUUGUAUAUACCUAUAUGUACACCUAUAUAUGUAUAGAUACACGUAUAUAUGUUUGUACGCCUAUGUAUGUAUAUGCAUCAGAAGUAUUUGCACAGCAGCACUAUCUCAGUUAGUAAAAUACUUUGAUAAUACUAGCCUGCUGAAAUAAAAAUAGAAGUGGUGCCCUUUUCAGGAAACUAAUAUGGCUUGCAAAAUCAGCUGUGGGUAUCAGUCUCCAAAUAAUAAUCCUUAGUGGGAGAGCCAUUGCAAAACUUUAUCACUUGAAGUGAGAAUUUUUUUUUAGUGCUUUGUCUCUUAGAUUUGUUUAACAGUGGUUCUCUUGUGAAUAUCUUGUUGAGAAAGUAUUUUUGAAGUUUCUUUGAAUUUUGUAAGAAAGCAAAAUGUUGUAUAAUGUAGUUAAGGAGAAUGCUUUUACUGUCUCAUUAUCAAUGCUCUUAUAGUCUUGAAAUGUAAUGCAGGCAGUGUUUGUUAACUUCUUUAGGAAGUUCUCUUAGAAAUUGAAGUAGCUACUUUAUGUGUCUUCUAAUCAUUGUGAGUUGUUUUCAAGAGAAAUGGAUCACAGGAAUUAAAUUUUCUUAUAGACAGUAUUUGUGCAUACUUGGCUAGGGAUAUUAAACACGAAAUUAAUAUAAGAAAAUAAAGUUGAGAACUGUUCUUUUAGACUACUUUAUAUUUCACCAGUUUUAUGUAUUUGGAGUAGAUACACUAUAUAAAAGUUAAUAUCUCAUUGGUUUUGGUUGAUACAUGAAUCUUAAGAUGUGAUAUACUUAUUUCUGAUUUAAUUCUAAUUUUUUUGCAUAAAAUAGAGAUGGUUUUUCCUGGUCAGAUGGGGUGCUUAUACCUGUGGAAUGCAAAGGCUGCACUUUUUAUUCCUUGAGCAUACCAAGAUGGCUGGUAUAAAAUGCUUGGAUGCAUCAUCUCUGUGUGUCAGACUCCUCUGGAGUUUGAAUUCAGACUAUUUCAGUACUGUAUCCUUUUAGGAGAUUAUAACUUUGUGUCUAAAGUGUGACUAUUAUCUACUGUAUAGCUUAGUGUUCUAAAACAAGUGAGUUUGUCAUCUCCCUUCCAGGUAGUGUGAUUAUUCAAUUCAGUGGUGACUGAAUGGUUACUGUAGUUUUUGUGUAGGCUUAGCAGUUUUUGUCUGUUUCCAUAUGAACCAGGAGUGAAUUCUGUGAGGUUUUGUAUGGAUGCUGGGAGAUAUAAAUUUUGCUUGGAAAGCAGGUUUCAUCUGUUACCAUUAACAUCACUCUCCUCAUUUUAUGCUGUAUGUAUGUUUUUGUCAUGAGUCUGUUUUCAUGUUUAGUAUUUUCAGCAAUGCUUUUUAUUGACCAGGGAGUAAUGUAGUUAACUGACUGCUUUCAGUUGUCUUGCAUGAUGAUAAAAUCUUCCAUUCAGCUAAAGACUUACUGUGGAUUACUGAUCUGAUAGUGGAAAAUUGUUAUAAAUCAGAAGCAAUCAAAAUAUAGCAAAAAUGCAACUGCCAUGUGGUAUCUUAUUGUAGAGGAGUCUCUUCUGAGCAGUUCAGGUGUUGCUCUGUAACCACAGUUGAUUGAAAUGCUGAAAGACAGUCACUGACCCAUACCAUUGAUGCGAUACGUGGUGAGCCUCCAGUGGCUGCAGAGUGAUGUGCACAGGUUUACUGUAUGCUACUUAGCAACUUAGAAAUAAAGGCUAUUUUUAUUCGUGUUCUCUGAAUUCUAGAAUUACUUCAAUGAGCAGCUUUGACAAACUGGUGAAACUGUAUGGUUGUUCUCUUGCUUAGUAGGAAAGUCUGAGGGAAAGCAGAAGUUACUGAGGUCAGUCAACCAAUCUUCUAGUGCUGUUAAUGGACUGCCUGCAGCAAUACUGUAAAUGGGAUUUUGAAGGGCUCUAAAGCUAUUUCUUAUGAUUGCAUUUCUUCUUGUUUUACAGGGUCAAAUGGUUUCCAAAAGGGAGCUUGCCACAAAUUUUAUAUUAAUGCUCCAGAUUUACUUGGAGUAAAAGAUCACUGACUUCUACAAUGGAAAAAUCAUGGAUGCUUUGGACCUUUGUUAAAAGAUGGCUACUAGCUUUGGCUUCCUGGUCUUGGAGUCUCUGCCGUAUUUGUCUUUUGCCCUUGAUAGUGACUUUUCACUUGUAUGGAGGCAUUAUACUCCUUAUACUAAUAUUUGUAUCAAUAGCGGGUAUAUUAUAUAAAUUCCAGGAUGUUCUGCUUUACUUUCCUGAACAGCCCUCUUCAUCACGCCUUUAUGUUCCUAUGCCUACUGGUAUACCGCAUGAAAACAUCUUCAUCAAAACCAAAGAUGGUGUUCUUCUCAAUCUUAUUCUGCUGAGAUACACAGGGGACAAUGCAGCAUAUUCUCCAACCAUCAUUUACUUUCACGGGAAUGCAGGCAACAUUGGCCACAGGCUGCCAAAUGCUUUGUUAAUGCUGGUAAACCUGAAAGUAAACUUAAUUCUGGUUGAUUAUAGAGGUUAUGGCAAAAGCGAAGGAGAAGCAAGUGAAGAGGGCUUGUACUUAGAUUCUGAAGCUGUCUUAGACUAUGUGAUGACUCGGUCUGAUCUUGAUAAAACAAAAAUUUUUCUUUUUGGCCGUUCCUUGGGGGGAGCAGUAGCUAUUCACUUAGCUUCUGAAAAUUCCCAUAGGAUUUCUGCCAUCGUGGUGGAGAACACCUUUCUUAGCAUCCCAUACAUGGCCAGCACUUUGUUCUCUUUCUUUCCAAUGAGAUAUCUUCCUUUAUGGUGCUACAAAAAUAAAUUUCUAUCCUACAGAAAAAUCUCUCAGUGCAGAAUGCCUUCACUCUUCAUCUCUGGGUUGUCUGACCAGUUAAUCCCACCUGUUAUGAUGAAGCAACUUUAUGAACUAUCCCCAGCUCGGACUAAGAGAUUGGCAAUAUUUCCUGAUGGAACUCACAAUGACACUUGGCAGUGCCAGGGUUAUUUCACUGCACUUGAACAGUUCAUCAAAGAAGUAAUAAAGAGUCACUCCCCUGAAGAAAUGGUGAAAACAUCAUCUAACGUAACAAUAAUAUAAUUGAUAUUCUUCUUUCGGGGUGGGGUGGGGCAAGUACCUGCACUGUAACUUGAUUUGUGAUAAGUGAUAAAAGAAUGUCUGUUUUUAAAUGUAUGUCAUGUCUGUACUUGCCUAAAGAGUGAAAUUAAACUUGGAAAAGGCUGAUAUUUUAUUAAGGUGUUCCAGAUAACUUUUACAUUUGCAGCAUUGUAAAUGAACCAUUUUAUGUCUUUCUCAUACUUUUUUGGUAUCUCUGUCCAUAUAUUCCAUUUGUUUGAUAUGUACAACAGAUGCUAUUAAAGAAACUUGCUACAAAAGUAGUACAGAAUGUAUUUAGAACAUGGGGAGGCUCUCUGGUAUUCACUGCUGUAUGUGUGAGCUUUUUGGACAGCCAUGGUUAGCACAAUGAUUGGUUGCUUCUCUUAGAGUUUAUUUAAAUUGUGCCAUGCAUGAGAUUAGUGUUUUAGUUAUUGAAAUUUUAUAUUAUUCAAAGUGGAGAGUCUUUAAUGUGCUAAAUAAUAUAAAAUAAUAUAAAUGGUAGAGUAUACUUGCAAGUAUACGGUCCUGGGUUAUUACUGGUUUCUAUGGUUAUGCAAACUUACAUAUGUCAAACUGCAGCUGAAGAUGAAAAGAUACUUUCCUUACUUUCAUUUACUAUUUGUACUAUAAUAGUGCCCAGAAGGUUGGUUAUAUAUGCCUGACAUUGUGACUUGAGAAUUUUACCCAGGCAGUUUCUCUAUAGAAAAUAGAAGUAACUUUUUCUGAAAGAAAUCAGUGCAAUCUAAGCUCCUUUCUGCCUCAAGCUCUCCUCUUUAAUGUACAGGCAAAAUAUUUGUUAAUACUAGCUUGCUUGUGCAUUUGAGGUGGUAUUUCUUAAAGCAAAAUGGGUGGUCAUACAAGGUAGAAGGUUUUUGUGUUCAGACUUUUACGCUCGUCUAAUUAAAUAUUUGUUACCUUUAUUUACACCUCCUAAGGAAACGCAUUCAAAUAAUUACCAACGCUCACAUGAGAUAUAAAUGUGUGUAGUUGUUACAGUGACAAUAAUGAAAAUGUGCAGAUAGUCACUGAGGGUAGGAAAGCUCUGUAGGCAAUGACUGAUUGGAGCAACAAGCCAAGGACAACUGCACGAGCUUCAGCAAGAGGAAAGGCUGGGGUCACAACGCCCCAUGCAGCACUCCAGGCUGGGCAGAGAGUGGCUUGAGAGCUGGUCAGCAGAAAAGAGACUUGGGGGUGCUAGUCAGCCCCUGGCUGGAUGUGAGCCUGCAGUGUGUCCAAGUGGUCAUGAAGGCCCAUGGCAUCUUGGCCUGUAUUAAAAAGUGAGGCCAGCAGGACCAGGGCAGAGACUGUACCCCUGUACUUGGCACGGAUGAGCCCACACCUGAAAUCCUGUGGUCAGUUCUGAGUCCCUUGUUACAAGAAUGACAUUGAGGUGCUGGAGCAAGUCCAGAGAUGGGCAAGAGUGCUGGGAAGGGUCUGGAGCACAAGUCCUGUGAGGAGCAGCUGAGGGAGCUGGUGGUGUGUAGUCUGAAGAGAAGGUGGCUCAGGGGAGACAUCGCUCUACAAAGAAGUUUCAAAUUAGAUAUUGUAAAACAAAUUUCACUGAAAGAGUGGUUAGCCGUUGGACUAAGUUGCCCAGGGAGAUAGCGGAAUCACCAUCUCUGGAAUCAUUUAUAAGUAGUCUGGAUGUGGCACUUGGGGAUAUGGUUUAGGCAUGAUUAUGGUUGGUGUUAGGCUGAUGAUUGUACUAGUUGACCUCGAAGGUCUCUUCCAACCUUGUUGAUUCUGUGAUCAAAGGCUGUUAGCUCAGUCUCUAAUAGAGUGUGGGAGCUGUUUAGAUCUCCUCUGCAGGAUUAAGUACUCAUUGGCUGCAGCUGAGUUUGCCUCUUCAAAACAUUUUUUUUUUUAAUAGAAAGAAAAAAUUGGAAAAUCUUCCACGCAAUCUGUAAAGUUGCCCUUUGGAUUCAAUUUUUUAAGUAAACUUUUCUCCCAUGUCCUGAUUCAGAAAAGCAUCUCAGCACAUACUUAAAAUAUGUUUCCUGAUGGACGUAUUUUAAGUCAUAUUUUAAGUUUGUGCUUAAGGUCUCUGGUUGAAUAAAACUGCUUUUCUGAACUGGUGCCUUAAUGGUUAUGUCUCCUAAAAAACCUAUACGUCUUUGUGGCUAUAUGGAUGUAAAAACAUAGAGCAUACUUUUCAAUUUGAGUGAAACCAAAAUUAUCUUUUCAGCCUUACAGUGGUGUGAUUUUUUUGUUUGUUUGUUUUUUGGGGAGAGGGGUAUUUGAAGUAGUUUGACUGGGGACUUGGAGAUGAGGCAGAUGUAUAGCAGAAAAUUGAUAGACAUAGCAUUGCCUUUCCCUGGUAUAUUCUACAGUGAGGUGUGAGCUGCUUGUGUAGAUUGUUUCAUCUCCUUCACAUUGCUUUAGAAUAGAGAUGGAGGGAGAGAAGGAAAAUUUGAAAAUACUGCUUUUCUAAAAAUCAGUUGAUAAAGGCAGAAGAAUUGUUGGAGGCAGAAUGAAGAGAAAGUAAUUGUUUCAGAAGUUGUCAUAUCUUGACAUUAAAUACCAUUGGGCGGGGGGGAGGGGUGGGGAUUCACAAGGCAUUAAUUUCUAAAGUAACAUAGCAUUUGACCCCACUUCCCACUAAUCAAAACAAAACUCUCAACCCCAGAAUACCCCUAGUAUUGUGUGGUACUUGUAUACAAAUGAAGUAUUCCUAUUUGAGCACACGGUUGCUGAGACACAGACAAAUGUGUGGUGUUAGAUUAUGGCAACCUGCAACUCUUCAAAAUCAGCUGUAUCUAAACAUUACUUUUUAUUAUCAAGCCAUAUAUCUUUUCACUAUAUUGUCUGCAUGACAUAAAUAUGAAACUUUAAUUUUGCAGGUACUGGGUAUGAGUUGACACAAUUGUCAUAUGUGCAUCCUUUACACUUACGUGGUUUCUUUCACCUUCCACAUAUGCACAGUUUUGUUUCUCGCUUAAUGGGUUGGCCACAUGCACUUGUGAAUGAAUGUUGUUAUGCUAUAUUUCAUUGCAUUUGUUAUGAAGUCCACUGAAGGAAAAUAGGAAGGAAGUUAUGUUUUUAUGCAAAUAUUCCACUGCUCUGCAUACAAUUCUUUAAGGGAAGGAGGGAGGAACAAAGGGGAGGAAAUAUGUUCGGACAAGUGAAGACUUGUUUUUUAUUUCAUGGACUGUGUGAUGGAAAGCACAGUUACCUGCUGCUAAAAACUGAACUGCAAGCAACAUAGUAAUAAUAUCUUUAAAUUGCCAAAUGGUGUGUUAUGAUACUGUUGCAUUUCUUUUGUUUAAUAUCAUUAUAUGUUUUCCCAUAACAGUUAUCCAUUUGUGUAUAGAUGUUUCCCAAAUAUUUAUCCUGUAGAUACAAAUUUCUGCUUUGGGAAGGAGUUGAGUUCUUUUCACAGGUUUGUAAGAAAGCCUUAGUUUAAAAUAUCUUCAUUAAAGGAAUUUUCUGCUUUAUAAGAGGAAAUUUAAUUAAAAAAAAAAAAAGGUAAAAACAAAGUUCCUGGGGAGGGGUCAGGAGUUGAACAGCUGUAGCAGUACAGUUCCUUGUAAGGAAGCAUAAAACCUUGUGUGUGCACACAUGUGUGUGGUUUUAAUUAGUGGAAAUACUUGAGGCUUCCUACUAACCCAAGUUUACAUUCCCAGAAUUUGUUUCUGAACUGUGAAAUGCAGAGAGAUAAGCUGUACUUUCUUCUGGAGAAAUAUUAACUGGUUUAGUUGCCCUCAUGUCCAUUUCUCAGGUAAAAUUAGAAAUAGAGCACAAAUGCAUUUGGUAGGCUACGGACAAUCUGUCAGCUAAAGGGCAGAAGGAUUAAGUAUUUAUACAAAAUAUGCAUAUCAGCACCUCUAAGCUAAUAAUUGGGUCAUGUUGGAUGUUCACAGUGAAUGAAAGGCAGACUUGAGAGUCCAAAGUGUGGUCCUUUCUGUUAACAAAAAGAUGCAGAUGUACCUCCAUUUGUAUUUCAUCAAUUCUUGAAAAAUGCAUUUUUAUUUUUAUUUUUGUUGAUAGUGAUUUUGCUAGGGGCACUUCUGCCAAAUAUAAAAUUGGUGCCUCUUGCAUGUAGUGGGAUCAGCCUGAUGUAUCCCAUUAGGUAUAAUUUGCAAUGGCAUCCUGCUUGUGUAAUUUAGAGUAGAACCCCACAGAAGUGUAAAUAGAGAUAGCAUAUUAAAUUUAUAAAUAACACUUAUGUUUUGAAUUCAGAAACAGUCACUGAUUAUGAGAUGCAAGCUUUUUAUGAUUUUUCUUUAAUAUAUAGUUAAGGCAAAACUGUCUUCUAAAGUAUUCUUAAGUUUUGUAGACAAAGCAUAAAUGUUAUUGUAUAUGUGCUAAUUGUGGCAAAGUUUUACAUUAUCAUUCAAGUUGGUUUUUACAAUAAAGUUAAUUUUACAAAAAAACACUUUUCUAUUUUUAUG